CUCCAAUGUUCAUUUGUUUAUGUAAUCUCCGUAGUCACUCGAACCAUUGCGGGUCCACGCUAAGACCAACAGGUAUGCACUGACCUUGAAUUCACUCGCCUAAACUAAACCGACGGAGCUCUUUAGGUACGUAGGUACUUCUUGUCACCUCCAUAUUCUCAGCCUUGGGCCAUAAUAAUUGAGUCGACAUCAUUGGUCGCCAAACUCCGACCUCACCCACCAGUCCAUACUUACUGAGAGCUAUUUGCCGAUUGACGUUCUCAGGACAGUUGAAAUCAAAACGUCUGGUACACAAGAAUAAGUAGGCCUAUAGCUUCAAAAUGGCCGUUCCCUUCGAAGCAUUGAUUCCCUAUGGAAUCAUUCUUGCCAUGUUUGGCGCCACUGGCGCGGGUCUUUCGAAGUUCAAACACUGGUACAACGGUAACAAGAGACCACGACGAUCGAUAGAUAUGUGGGAUAGGCAAAUGAUGGACCGAGAUCGCCGAUUAACAGGUCAUCUACGCGGACAGACCGACGGUCCCAUCGCCCCUCCAGGCUUUGAGCUGAACAACCCUUGGAAGGUUGAGAACCGUAUUGGUUGAUUUAGAUGAAGAAUACGUGUUCAGGGUAUCGAAAGAUGCUAUGCCAUGGGAAAUCACUUGUACAUAGCCCACAGAAUACAACAUCUGAUACUGCAACCUUUCGUCGCAAUCAUAUCUAUUAA